AUGAUGGUCAACAAGAAACUCGAUCGCUUUAAGCAGUGGGCGGGGGAGCGCAUGGGUUCAGAAGCGAAAACCAAUGUCUCAGAUGACUUUAAGGCGCUGGAGAUGGAGAUGAACUUGAGACAUGAAGGGAUGGAACGACUCCAAAGAUCAAUGACAACUUACAUGAAAGCUCUGUCCAAGCGGAAUGAAGGAGACGAUAAGGAAAAGACUCUUCCAGUCGGAUAUAUGGGUGGGGUUAUGGUUAGCCACGGAGAAGACUUCGAAAGCACUUCAGAAUUCGGACAGUGUCUUAUCGGCUUUGGGCGGACAAAUGAACGUAUUGCGAGGAUCCAGGAGACUUACAUAUCAAAUGCGACUAGCAGCUGGCUGGAGUCGCUCGAUCGAUCACUUGUCCAAAUGAAGGAGUAUCAGAACGCGAGAAAGAAGCUGGAAACCCGUCGGAUCGCAUAUGAUGCUUCCCUUACGAAGAUGCAAAAGGCGAAACGGGAGGACUUCAGAAUGGAGGAGGAACUUAGAAAUCAGAAGGCAAAAUACGAGGAGUCCACUGAAGACGUCUAUCGGCGCAUGGAAGACAUUAGAGAAGCUGAAGCAGACAGUAUCGCCGACCUUGCGGCCUUUUUGGACGCUGAACUCAACUACUAUGAUCAAUGUCGAGAACUUCUAUUGCGACUGAAAAACAACUGGCCUGCAGGUCAAACACAGUCGCAAGGCGGCUUAUCCAGACGGCCUGGCCGCAAUCGGUCAAACACAGCACACUCAUUUCACGAUCGAUAUGAACCUGUGCACAAAGAGCCUGUACCAGUCCUAUCCCCAGAAUCCCGUCCAGCCAUCAAAUCCAACCGGUCCGCAUCCACGUACCAAACUGCAUCCCCACCCAGAGGCUACUCCGCCGAUUCAUACCAACAGAACCUGCAACAACAACAACAACCAGUACCACGACCCAUAAACCGCACCUCAACGUUCGACGGAUUCACCCACCAGCCGCGAUUCGACGACUCGCCAGCACAGCGUAACAGCCGCAACACCCAACUACAACUCCGAACCGCGACCGCGACCGGCACCGACACCGGCACCAGCAGACCCCACGAACACUACCCGGAGUCACCCGAUGACGCAUCCUUCGGCAAGGGAAGUAGUCCCGACCGAUACUUCCCUGCCGGCCGACCUAUUUCUCCCGCGACGUCGAAUGGCAGCGUGAUGUCGCGUGCAGCAAGUAUGACGAUGGUACAACAGGCUGCGGGAAGCUCGGUGAGUACGAUGGGUAAGAAAGGGCCGCCGCCGCCACCGCCGUCGCGAGCUAAAAAGCCGCCACCACCGCCGCCUCCAGGCAAGAGGCAUCUCGUUGGUGCUGGGAAUAUGUGA